AACUCAAACAGCCUCAUCUCCGAGUUCCAAUCUCUCCCCCAAUCAAUCGACCGCGUCAAGCGCCUCCUCGACUACGCCUCCACUCUCCCGCCUUUUCCCGCCGCUGAACGAACCCUAGCCAACCGCGUCAUGGGCUGCACUGCUCAGGUUUGGCUCUCGGCCUCCAUCAACCCUAGGCGGACGAUGAGCUUCUCGGUGGACAGCGAUUCGGAGAUUACGAAGGGGUUUUGUGCAUGUUUGAUAUCGGUUCUUGAUGGGGCUACGCCGCUGAGCGUGAGGCCCGAGGAUUUCGGGGAGUUGAAUGUCGGGGUUGGGGUUGGCGUGAAGGGACGGGGACAGUCGAGGGCAAACACUUGGCAUAAUGUGUUGGUUAGCAUGCAGAAGAGGACGAAGAUUCUUGUGGCUGAGUUGGAGGGGAGGAGUCCUGUGGAGCCGUUUCCUUCGUUGGUGAUUGGGGCUGAUGGAGUGGAGGCGAAGGGGAGCUACGCUGAGGCUCAGGCAAUGUUUUUGUCUCCAGAUGAGUCAAAGAUAAAGGAACUUGUGAAUGUGCUGAAGGAGAAGAAAAUUGGUGUGGUUGCACACUUUUACAUGGACCCCGAAGUCCAGGGUGUCUUAACAGCUGCACAGAAGCAGUGGCCUAACAUUCACAUUUCUGAUUCCUUAGUUAUGGCAGAUACAGCAGUCAAAAUGGCUGAGGCUGGUUGUCAAUAUAUAACUGUACUUGGCGUAGACUUCAUGUCAGAGAAUGUCCGUGCAAUACUGGAUCAGGCGGGUUUUGAGAAGGUUGGUGUGUACAGGAUGUCAAAUGAACAAAUUGGCUGUUCCCUAGCAGAUGCUGCAGAAAGUCCAACAUAUAUGCAAUUUCUCGAGAGAGCUUCUAGAUCACCUCCUUCAUUGCAUGUCAUCUACAUAAAUACUUCGUUACAAACAAAAGCUUGUGGACAUGAAGUUGUCCCUACUAUCACCUGCACUUCUUCUAAUGUUGUGCAGACAAUACUGCAGGCCUUUGCUCAGAUUCCAGAUGUAAAUAUUUGGUACGGUCCUGAUUCAUACAUGGGUGCAAACAUUGCAGAGUUGUUUCAUCAAAUGGCUAAAUUGACAGAUGAGGAGAUUUCAGAAAUACAUCCAGAGCAUAAUAGGAACUCCAUUAAGUCACUGUUACCACGAGUCCAUUAUUAUCAGGAUGGUGCCUGCAUUGUUCAUGACAUGUUUGGUAAUGAAGUUGUGGAGAAGAUUAAGGAAUUAUACUGUGAUGCAUUCCUUACAGCUCAUUUUGAGGUCCCCGGAGAAAUGUUCUCUCUUGCUAUGGAAGCAAAAAGGAGAGGGAUGGGAGUUGUGGGCUCCACCCAGAAUAUAUUAGAUUUCUUUAAAAGUCGGGUGCAAGAUGCUUUAGAUAGGGAUCUUGAUGAUCAUCUUCAGUUUGUUUUGGGGACAGAAUCAGGAAUGAUCACUUCCAUUGUUGCUGCGGUUCGUGGAUUACUGAGUUCUCCUGCAUACCUUUCUAGAAAAUCAAGAGUCACUGUUGAGGUUGUGUUCCCGGUCUCAUCAGAUUCAAUAUCAAAGACAAAAUUGAAUUCAUCGGAAGGAGUAAAUUCAUCUAUAGCAAAUGAUUUAGCUAAACUUACUGUAGUUCCUGGUGUGACUACUGGUGAAGGAUGCUCUAUUCAUGGAGGUUGUGCUUCCUGCCCAUAUAUGAAGAUGAAUACUCUUAGCUCUCUGUUAAAUAUCUCCCACGAGCUUCCUGACAGUGAAAAUGCUCUCUGUGGUUAUCAAGCCAGCAGAUUUAAUGCAACAACACCUCUUGGAAAAUCGAUCGCUGAGGUUGGAUGUGAACCAAUAUUGCACAUGAGACACUUCCAGGCAAGACGACAAUUACCUGAGAAGCUUGUCCAUCAGAUUCUCAUGCGGUCCAAUGAUGGAGCAGCUGUUUCAUGACAAUCCGUCAAAUGCAUGUAUGUUUUGAUGCUCUAAUAUUAUAGAACCAAGUUUGAAGUAGAAUCUCUCUCACAUCUAUUUGAAAUACACAAAAUACACAUUUUGGUGCAAUAUAAAUUAUGCUGGUCAUCUUUCAACUGAGCUCCAGUUUAUGUACCUUUAGAACAAAUGAAGCUACAGGAAGCUCGUACAAUUGCCACCCAAUUUUUUUUAUUUGGCUUCGUCAGCUAAUCUUUGCUUACAUUUUUUUUAUUAAAUUCCUUAUAUAAAUGUAUGUAAAUGAACACUGAUGUUUAUACACAAGUAUGUCAGUCACAUUUCCGAACAGUUUAUGAUAUACUUGGUUCACUAGUCAAAGCUUUUUCAUGCUUAUUCAAGUA